AUGCCUUCGUAUCUUGAUUCCAACUCUACUUCUUUCGCUCACAAAACGCAUCAAGUGCGCAACUGGAAGCAUGGGGCUGUGGUUAAAUCACUCAAGGCUAACAAUGCUUUAGUAGCAAGCUCUCUUCCAAAGUCUAACUCUCAAAUCUGUCGGCCAUUGGCUAAAUUUACUAGAAUGCUGUUAGAAUACAAUAACAUACACAAAUCAUACCCUCUUGAACAUACAUGUGAAGAACGCCUCCAACUACAAUAUCUCACUCAGGAAGCCACGAUGUCAGACCAGCGUAUUUUUGUUUUGGAACCUGCCGUUUUGAGUUCACUCACCGAUAAUUCAGCCAGACAAAAGAUGGUUUUCCUGGCUGAUCUUCAACAAUACGGUAUGCAACGGGCGACCUUCGACUGGAGCCUGAAAGAAGGCUGUCGCUGGAAUCAAGUGAUGACAAGUUUUGUUAUCAAGCACUGGAUACACGCCAAAGAGAGGGGUGAUUUUGGAAACCUACCAAUCAAUCCAUCACACAUAACUCACACAAAACUCGAAGGGAUAUUGAUGCGCUGGAUUCGUGGAAAAGCUUCGGACAUUCGAUCAGGACGGAACGCACCUGAAAAACUUCGGGUCAUUGAGAAUAACAAGAAGAAGCGACAGCUAUUCAAGUAUCGUCACGAUUCUUUUGAACGUCAUCUGGGUCAAGAGUCAUUAAAAUUGAUCCCAGAUGCCGAUUGCUGUUCCGAGACUGAGUGGGAACCAGACCAAACCAAACAUAAGAAAGUCGGUCUGGUUUGGCGAACCAGUCGACGUUUUGAUCAGUGUCGUGUGGACACUUCGGAUAUUAAUCCGAAAGCAGCGGUUUGCUGCGGCCUUCCUCAAAACUGCUACGAUCCAGUGUGGUAUGAUAGUCUCGAUGAUGAUAAAAAGAUCAAGCUCAAAAGUCAACCACCUUCAGAGCUUCUUAACAGUUUGGCCAACCGAAUUGAACAAAUUGUAAUUGCCCAACCGUAG